CCCAGGUUCCCGGCGAAGCUCUACGACCUCGUGGACUCGCACAGCAACGUGCCCGAGGACGAGGCCAUCGUGAGCUGGUGCGAGAACGGCCUCGCGUUCAUCGUCCGGGACCUCACGCGGUUCUGCGAGGAGGUGCUCCCCGCGCACUUCUGCCACAACAAGUGGGCGUCCUUCAUCCGCCAGCUGAACCUCUACGGGUUCCGGCGCAUCACGCAGGGCGCCUCGAGCGGCGCCUACUGGCACAAGUUCUUCCAGCGCGGCGAGCCGCACCUGCUCCGGGGCAUCACGCGG